UACUCCGUGCAGUUGUGUGUCUUCAUGGGUAACAUGCUCUCUACAGAUGACCGAGUCGCCAUUUUGAAAAGCAAAUCGUUCACAGCACACCCGCCCUGAGUACUGGAACUAUGCCGCGGGGCCGGCCUCGCAAACUGAGAGUUAAAAGCAACGACGAAACAGAUGCGGAUGAAACUAAGGGGGAAAUUUUCAGUGAUGGAGACAAGAAGUGCACAAUAUGCUCCCAGAUCUUUACCACUGAGAGCCAGCUGCAGAAGCACCUCCGUGAACAUGAGAUCAAUGAUAAGCCACAUCGAUGUGACCAGUGCCCACAGACGUUUAAUGUGGAGUUCAACCUCACACUCCACAAGUCCACACACACGACCUCUGACUUCACCUGCCCUGUUUGCAAUAAAAAGUUCUCGCGCAUCGCCAGCCUCAAAUCGCACAUCAUGCUGCAUGAGAAGGAGGAGAAUUUAAUCUGCGUAGAGUGUGGAGAUGAGUUCAUUCUUCAGAGCCAGCUCUCUCUGCACUUGGAGGAGCACCGUAAGGAGCUGUCGGGCAUCAAGGUCUACAUCUGCAAGACCUGCGACAAGGAGUUCAAGACGUCUGCACACCUCAAGGAGCACAUGAAGAGUCACGUCAAGAUGAGGCCCCUCACCUCCACUUCCAGAAACUACAAGAAAAGCAUUGACCGCAGUGGGUUCACAAACAGCUGCCAUCACUGUGGAAAGGCUUUCAAAAAGCCCAGCCAGCUUGUUAGACACAUACGAAUACACACAGGUGAGAGGCCCUAUAAGUGCACACACUGCGGCAAGGCUUUCAACCAGAAGGUGGUGCUGCAGACUCACAUGGUGAGACACACUGGAGAGAAACCUCACCUCUGCAUGUUCUGCCCCGCUUCCUUCUCUCAGAAGGGGAACUUGCACUCCCACGUUCAGAGAGUUCAUUCUGAGACUAAAGGCGUACCGCUCUUCCCGUGCAUGGACUGCAGCUGUGCAUUCAAGAAGUUGGGCAGCCUGAAUGCCCACAUCAGCAAGAUGCACAUCUCUGUGAUUGAGGUGCCCUCCAGCACUUCGGAGACAGAGACAACAGGCCAGGCUCCUGGGGGGUCAGAGGGCGGCGAGGGGGUGACAGAUGUCAUCCAGCAACUUCUAGAGCUGUCUGAACAGGUCAGCGGGGAGACAGCCCAGCCCCAACCUCCAGAGCCAGCUAUUGCCAUGGAAACUGCCAUCAACCAGGACAUCCUGCAGCAAGCUCUGGAGAACAGCGGGCUGAGUGUGGUCCAGCCGCAGAGUGAUGCCACAUCCAGAGAGACACAGAACCAGACCACUGAGAGCACUGCUGUAGAAAGCAAGAAAGUACCUGACAAACCGGCCAGGGAGAAGAAAAGGAGCAUUUUCAAGAAACCUAUACAAAUGCCAGGUUCCAUCAGGGAGGAGAAUGGUGUUCGCUGGCACGGCUGCCCAUACUGCUCCAAGGAGUUCAAGAAGCCCAGCGAUCUUGUUCGCCAUAUCCGCAUCCACACCCACGAGAAGCCUUUCAAGUGCAAACAGUGCUUCAGAGCUUUUGCUGUCAAGAGUACCCUCACAGCACAUAUGAAAACGCACACGGGUAUCAAGGCCUUUGAGUGUCAGUGUUGUCUGAAGUGCUUCUCCACUUCUGGCAGCAUGAAGGUACACAUGCGUCUGCAUACAGGUGUACGUCCUUUCCCCUGCCCUCACUGUGACAAGAUCUUUCGCACAUCAGGCCACAGGAAAACACACAUUGCUUCUCACUUCAAAAGCUUACAGCAGAAGAAGCACAAGUUUCCCCGAAAAACCAACAAAGCCAAAGUGUCCAAGAGUAGCGUACCUCUUCCUGAUAUCCCGCUGCAGGAACCCAUCCUCAUCACUGACUUUGGCUUAACAGGCCUCAUCCCAUCCCAGAACCCUCGCUUGGCUUUCCAACAAUACCUGGAGGUGGUGGGCAAUGACCGGCCAUACAAGUGCCAGUUCUGUAGUAAGGCCUACAAGAAAUCAAGUCAUCUGAAACAGCAUGUCAGGUCUCAUACAGGAGAAAGGCCCUACAAGUGUGUGCAGUGCAGUCGAGGUUUUGCCUCCUCAGGAGUCCUCAAGGCUCACAUCAGGACCCACUCAGGCCUAAAGGCAUACAAGUGUCUGAUGUGCGACACCACGUUCACCACCAGCGGCAGCUUGCGACGCCACAUGACCACCCACAGUGACCUGAGACCUUACAUGUGCCCCUACUGCCAGAAGACCUUCAAGUCUUCACCCAACUGCAGGAAGCACAUGAAGACACACAGGUAUGAACUGGCCCAGCAGCUGCAGCCCCAGUCAACAGAAGACCCCUUAGGAGGGGGCACUGUGGCCCAUGAUAUGCAGGUGGAAAUAGAGGGAGAUUCCCUCCAGCAGCCACCUGCUACCUCGGCAGAGCAGCAAAGCAUGCUGGGACUGGGCCAGACAGAGGUUGUGAAUGGAAGUCAACAAGUGACAUUGGAGGCACCCCUGACUGAUCAACCCCUUGUACAAGGAGAAGACUCUUAUGUGACUACCCAACAUGCUUUGCCUCAGAAUAUCAGCCAGUUUGAGACACCAGCACUCCCUCAGCCUGCCUUUGACCAGCAAGCUCUAACGCAAGGCUUCACCAUCACUGAAUCGAGCUACAAUCAGUCCCAGUUCUCCACCGUCCAGCAGCUGCAGGAUUCCAGCACCCUGGAGUCUCAGGCUCUGUCUUCCAGCUAUCACCCCCCAAAUCUGCUUCACGUUUCCAGUGCUGAGGUGACAAAUGGGCUUCUUCAGCAGAGCAGUCAGGAUGAGCUUCAGCUGACUACUGAAACACAGGACUACCAGGAUAACUGUGAGGACAGCAGCAAGAGAGCCUACAGGUGCAGUUGGUGUAGUAAGGGCUUCAAAAAGUCAAGCCAUCUGAAGCAGCACGUGCGCUCCCACACUGGGGAGAAACCAUACAGAUGUCAUCUCUGUGGACGAGCCUUUGUAUCAGCUGGAGUGCUGAAGUCCCACCUCAAUACACACACAGGAGUGAAGCCCUUUAAGUGCAAUGUUUGCGACGCCUCAUUCACCACCAAUGGCAGCCUGAACCGCCACAUGAUUAUCCACAUCAAGUCUUUCAAAUGCUCCAUGUGUGACGAGAGCUUCAGGACCAGCCUGCUGUGUAAAAAGCAUAUGAAGAAGGAGCAUGCUGUGGAUGAUCAAAUUAUAGGUCUGGAUAGUCAAGAUGUUGAGGAAGAGGAGGAGGAGGAAGAGGACGAGGACGGGGAGCAAAAGACAUUAAAGAGACGGGGUUUGGAAAUCAUCACAUUCACUGAGGAGCAGGCGGCCGAGCUGGCGAAGGAUCCUGGUGAGGAGGCCUCGGUGUCGGAGCGGAUCCUCGCCCAGUCAGCGGCUGAGAGGGAUCGAAUCAGCGAGAUCAAAGACAAGGCAGUGGAACUGGAAACAGAACCCAAGUUUGCUAACUGCUGCAGUUUCUGCCCCAAGAGCUUCAAGAAGCCCAGUGACCUCGUCAGACACAUUCGGAUCCAUACAGGAGAAAGACCUUACAAGUGUGAUGAAUGUGGGAAGAGCUUUACAGUGAAAUCUACCCUGGACUGCCACGUGAAGACGCAUACAGGUCAGAAACUGUUCAGCUGUCACAUGUGCAACACCUCCUUCUCUACAAAGGGCAGCUUAAAGGUGCACAUGCGUCUCCACACUGGCUCCAAGCCCUUCAAAUGUCCUUUCUGUGAACUCCGCUUCAGAACUUCAGGCCACCGCAAAACCCACAUCCAGUGCCACUUCCGGCCAAGCAGCGACAGAAACACAUCCAAGCGGUCUGCCUCAUCUACUGGGCAGUCCAGUCAGAGUCAAGACCCAGGGACUGGGCAGGCUGUGGCACCGGGCCAGGGACAGCAGCCAGCAGCGUCAGAGGCUCUUCAACCUGUGGGUCUGCUACAAACGUCCAACUCUGACCCCAACAUUUACCUCCCAGCCAACCAAGUCCUGACAGGGCAGUUUGACCAGAAUCUUCUGCAACCAGGACUGGUGGGACAGGCCAUCCUGCCUGCCUCUAUGUCAGCUGCUGGAGACUUGACUGUGUCUCUCCCAGAUGGCCUGACCACACUGGAUGGCAUCCACCUGCAGUUGACGCCUGCCAACCUGGUGUGCCCCAACGUCCAGAUCUCUGGCAUCGACACCAGCAACAUCAACAACAUCACACUACAGAUUGACCAUGCCCUCCUCCAGCAGACCUUACAACAAGGCGGCCUCCUCUCUCAACCCCUGAGUGUUGACACAGGCCUCGUCUCCCACUCUGGCAGCCAGCUCAUGUCCACCACUGACUCCUCAGUGUCCGCCAAUGUCGUCAUCCACCCACUGACCAGUCUGGCCCUGCAGCCCUCCGCCAUCACACCUGCUCAGGUCACAAUGGCCGGCCUCUCUGAGCAGGAUGCCACAGGUUCUCAGGACCUAAGCCAUGUCAUGGGCAGCUCUGGGCUGAUAGCCGGAGGCACCAGUGGUCAGGAGAUCACACUGACCAUCAACAAUCCCAGCCUGACUCAAGCCCUUGCCUCAGCUUCUUGUUCCAGUGCUGCAGCAGGAAACCCUCAGGAGAUCACACUCACCAUAUCAGGUCAAGAUCUGCUUGCCCAACAUAGCAACCCUAAUGGUGCCGAGAUGAACGGCAGCAUCAGGCUGGCAUCACCACUCAAUAGCCAGCCCACCAGCGCAACCCUGACUAUUACCAAUGACCACCUCCUACCUCAGAGCCCCGCCAACACUGGAAUGGCAGAUAUUUCCCAAGACUGGUCGGAUGCUUCAGCUCGAUGUGUCGUUUCAAACAUCUGCGACCCAUCAGAUUCUGUGACCCGAAGCAGCGGCACGCCGGGUGCCGUAAAAUAUAGUGUGUGAGCGUCGUUUAACUCUUGCGGGAGUGAACGACGCUCACAUUCAGUAGUUGCAAACAGAUAUGUUCAGUUCACCGUUCACCCCAAACAUGAGCAUGUUCAAUGAAUGGACAGCGCCCCUUUAAGCGCAUUCAUGCACAACAAUGCAUGCCACAUAUGCUGUUUACAGUGGUUGCAGAUUUACCACUCGAAAGUCUUAGUAAUUUUUAAAACAACAGGUCUUCUAUUUCACACAGUAUAGUAAACAAAAGCAGGCUUCUCAUUUCUAGCUGGUGACCGUUGAUUUUGUCAGCUGAAAUUACUGUUGCUAGCAGAUUUUUAUCAGUUUUAGCUAGCUAGCUAAUUAACGCUAAAUCUGUGAGUUAGUUAAAACCUGCGUCUCUAGCUGACUAAUGUUUUCUGCUUACUCUUUUUAAUUAGGAACCAUGUAAUAGGGCCUUAAAUAUAUAUGUGCUGGCUACAUACAUGGUCUAAAAACAAAAACAGACGGUAAAGCUACAUGUCCCAGGGAAAAAGUCAAAAUAUGUUCUUUACUUUGGAAGAAACACUAGGUUACUACUGUACUGUAGGUGGUAGGCUAGUUUGCCAGGCAUGCUAAUGUUUUCAGUUUAUGUUAGAGCAGACAAACACUGUUUAAUCUAUUCCUCAUAAUUUUGCUGUUGUGUUUUUGUCUUUGGAAAUGUGAAAAAAUAUAAUCGUACAGUCUUUCCUAGUGUACCGAGAAACAGACCACACUAUGGACAAAAUUGAGCCAGGCACACUUCGAAUAUCAGCUUUAGCUCCGGAACAAGUUUUAGCAUGUCAUCCAUCUUUCUUUCCUCUUUUUCUGCUAUAAAAUUAACCUUGAAUGAAGUGCAAAUGUAUGUAUACUGUACAUGCAUCUAUCAAGAGGAUGUACAUUUGUGAAUAUGUGAAUUGUUACUUAAUAAUUGUGCAAACCAAUCCGUGAUAAGAAAGCAAAGGGCUUGUGUGCUGUGAAGUGAGCAAAUAUGAUUUGUUUAGUCAGAGAUAGCUUCCUGAUUGUUCUGUUGACUGGCUCGCUUGUCACCUAGAAGCUUAAUCAAAUUUUCAGUCUCAUCUCUCCCUCUUCAUUACCCUCCCCUCUCAACUCAAGUGGAAAACACUCCCACUGCUUCACAGAGAGCAUCUCUGCUUUUGUUGAUUAGACUGAAGCAGUCCUGUAAAAUACAGGUACACAUUAUAAGGUCAUCAAAACAAUCCAUGUACUGCAACCGCUGGUCCAAAGAUCAACUCACAUUGAGGCCUGUAACCAUAGAAACCAUUCUAUUCUCCAACCAGUGCAGUUCUCCAACCAAUUAACAAAUUAAUCUGAAAAUCCUGAUCCUAAUUUCAUUUGUUUAAAUGGAGAGUUUUAGUCUCAAAUAAUGGUCUUAAUGGUGUUUCUGAGACACUUUUGUUCAAAGAAGAAAAAAGUGUGGUUGACUCGUUGAAUUGCAAUUUUUAGGUCAAAUUUGCAGUUGUUUAAUAUCUCACUCCUAAUAUUUCACUCCUGAUUGAUUUGUUACUGGUGGUAACAGCAAGUUCUGUUUUAAUAUGACAGAUCCCAGAAUUCUGGGAGCUAAAAACACUACUACACUACAGCUACUUUGUCAGAAAUCCAACAGAAGAGCAAGUGGUGUAUCUGUUUACACUACAGACAAACAUUCUUACCUUGUUUUAAUAAAGAAAUUAGUCGAUAUAUGGCCUUUUUCCAUCCUGCCAUGCUGAUUUCAUGCUGCACAUGGUGCAAGUAGGUUACAGUAAACGGAGUUGGUUACCUUGCUGAGAAGUUAUGCAUGGGCCACACUGCCUACCUCUACCUGUGCGUGGCGGCUGCCUCGCUGAAAUGCU